AUGGCGUCAAUCAAAAGGCUCAUUACUCGCGACGAUGGCGAGAAAUCUACCGAUAACACUGCGGUCAUCAAUCUCCUGAUCGCUCUUCUUGUCCUUGUUUUCGUUGGCCUCCUGGCUGGUGCUAUCCUGCUUGUGCUCAGGAGGAUGAAGAGCAAAAAGCAGAUGCAGCAGGAGACACUCCCUCAGUACAACGAAGUUAAGCGGACAAGCAAUCAUCGGCGCUUAACUAUUCAAACUGGCAAUGGCCGGUCGAGCGUUAUCGUCGUCAACAAUAGCCAGCCAAUGUUGGCAAACCCACAGUCCCCCCCCUACUCCCCAGACAAUGUUCCGGAAAUCCACAUCACGUUUCCCGACGAGCAAGACGAGCAAGGCCGGCGGAAGAGCGGCCGCGUUGUGGUGGUUCGAGUCGGUGAUACGACGGUUGGGCUGGAGCCUCUGCCCGAGGAGCAGCUCCCCGCCUAUGAGAAGGAGAACCCGUCACAGUUCUAUACAGUCGACAUUGACAAGAUCGGCGGCUUGAAGGAGAAGGAGCUCCACUAA